AUGGGGGUGCAUUUUGCAGCAGCGGUGCAAAGCACUGGACUUGGCCAAUGCUUGGCACAGGGCUCCGUCCAGGUGGCGGCAGGGACGUUAGCUGGGGGGGCUCAGCACGGCUCAGCCACGGGCUGGUGGGGGCACAGAGCAGCAGAAGAGCCCCCAGAGCACGACCCAACCCCGUCCACCGUGUAUGAGGCUGGGACGCAGAUGGUGGGGGGUGACCAUCGGCCACUCGCUGACCCUGCCCCCUCUGCCUUUCAGAACGAGGACCGGGAGCGAGCGUGGAGGGCGUCCCGGGAGACCAAACUGGAGACCAUCCCAAACUGUGAAGCGUGCACCAAACCCACGUCGGAGGAGGUGCGGGGCUGGGCACAGUCCUUCGACAAGCUGAUGAAGAGCCCGGCGGGUCGCAACGUCUUCCGGGAGUUCUUGCGGACUGAGUACAGCGAGGAGAACAUGCUCUUCUGGCUGGCGUGCGAGGAGCUCAAAACCGAGUGCAACAAGCACACCAUCGACGAGAAGGCCAGGAUGAUCUACGAGGACUACAUCUCCAUCCUCUCACCCAAGGAG